AUGGCCCGUAUCCUGAUAACAGGUUCUACGGAUGGCUUUGGCCUCGAGGCUGCCCGUCAGCUAGUUCAGCGAAAUCACACCGUCUAUCUCCAUGCGCGCAGCCAAGAGCGCGCCGACAACGCCAAGGCAAAAUGCCCCGGAGCUGCCGGUGUCCUGAUCGCAGACUUGACAAGCGUGACAGAGACACGCAGAUUGGCCGGGGAAGCAAACGCAAUUGGCACCUUCGACGCCGUGAUUCUCAAUGCUGGAUUACUCUACGGACCAUUCCGCAAGACACCAGAAACUGGCGUGCCGGCUAUGGUCUUCGUCAACGUUAUCGCACCCUAUAUUCUCUCUUGUCUCCUCAAACAACCCAAACGUCUUAUCUUCAUAGCUUCUGUCCUACACCGAGAAGCCAACACCGAUUUGAAGGAUAUUUUCUGGCUUGAGCGUGGGGAAGAAGAGUUUCAAGAUUUCUCGGCAUACUGCGAUUCGAAGUUUCAUGUUAUGCUUCUUGCUAAUGCGGUGGCAAGGCGGUUUAAAAGUACUUCAGUCACGGCUGUGCAUCCUGGAUAUGUUGCUACGAAACUUGGUGGUCAAGGUGGUACUGACAAGCUGGAGGAUGGCGUGGAAACAUACAUCAUGCUAGCGGAAGGUGAUUACGAUCAAAGUCUCACCGGUGUAUACUUUGAGCCCAAAAAGAAGAUUGGUGAACCUCUUGCGGCGACAGCGGAUGAAAAUUUGCAGGAGGUAGUCGUCAAAGCUUGCGAGGAUAUCACUGGUCUUAAACUUCUAGCUUGA